AUGGCAGUGCAGUAUGACACAAGGCUUCGAGAGAGGAAAUACUGAGUUGCAGAAGGCAAGCCACUCAAUGAGCUGAGGGCAAUGGCAAAAGCCAAGGGGGAGGAGUGUCCUUUCUUCACACCGCCCAGAGGAGAGACGCUAGACCAGGUGGAAAUGCAUGGGAUAGACUUCUUCGAAUUUCUCUGUCACCAGAUCUGGAAAGAAGUAGAUCAAAAUAAACAGGCUUCCCAAGAAGGUCCCAACAAUUAUCUGGAAACGUCUCUGGCGAAGAUAUUCCCUCUCAGGAAAAACCAUGCCUCCAAGUUCAAUUCAGACAGUGGUGCUCUGGACUUGGUGGCCAGUGUUUUAGUUGUGAGUCACGGUGCUUACAUGAGGAGUCUGUUUAACUACUUUAUCGUUGACCUCCAGUGUUCCCGGCCAGACACAGUGAUGAAAUCUGAACUCUUGUCAGUCAGUCCCAACACAGGGAUGAGUGUCUUUAUCGUAGAUGUAAUGAAGGAGAACAGGUUGAACCUGUAAUUCAUU